CUCAGGAGAGUCACUAACUCUGUGAGUCUAUAUAAGGGCAGCUAGAAUGGAGGUAAUUGAUGCUUUUGCUUUACGGAUUUGAGAAUUCCUGCCUUCCCUGGUGAUGGCAUCUUGUUCCAGGCAAACAUCACAACCUAUAGAUUCGAGGUGUCCUGGGAGAGCUGCAACUUCCAACAGCUGGGGGAGAAAGAGUGCUGUCUGGGGACAGAAGUAAGCUCUGAAGACUGCAAAUUCACUGCAAAGAAAAGAGUCUCUUCCUCUCAUGAUGAACUCCUCUUUUUUUCUGCACACCUUGGAUGUCAACUUGAGCUCUUUGGGAGCCAACAUGUCAGGACCCGUGAUCAAGAGCAAGUCAUCACCCUGUGAGCAAGUGGGCAUAGCUGUUGAGGUGUUCCUGACUCUUGGUAUCAUCAGCCUCUUGGAGAACAUUUUAGUCAUCGGUGCCAUAGUUAAGAACAAGAACUUGCACUCUCCCAUGUAUUUCUUUGUAUGCAAUUUAGCUGUUGCAGACAUGCUCGUGAGUGUGUCCAAUGCCUGGGAGACCAUCACAAUAUACUUAAUAAACAAUAAGCAUCUGGUGAUAGAAGAUGCUUUUGUGCGCCAUAUAGACAAUGUAUUUGAUUCUAUGAUCUGCAUCUCUGUGGUGGCCUCAAUGUGCAGUUUGUUGGCUAUUGCAGUGGACAGGUAUGUCACCAUCUUCUAUGCCCUGCGCUACCACAACAUCAUGACAGUGAAGCGAUCAGGGAUCAUCAUUGCAUGCAUCUGGGCCUUUUGCACUGGCUGUGGCAUCAUCUUCAUCCUUUACUAUGAGUCUACUUAUGUCAUCAUUUGUCUCAUUACCAUGUUUUUCACCAUGCUGUUCCUUAUGGUAUCGCUAUAUAUCCAUAUGUUUCUCCUGGCUCGGACUCACGUGAAGCAGAUUGCAGCCCUGUCUGGCUAUAGUUCGGUCCGGCAGAGGAUCAGCAUGAAGGGGGCCAUCACCCUGACAAUGUUACUUGGUGUUUUCAUUGUUUGCUGGGCUCCAUUUUUCCUCCACCUCAUCCUAAUGAUUUCUUGUCCCCAGAACCUUUACUGUGUUUGCUUCAUGUCCCACUUCAACAUGUACCUCAUACUCAUCAUGUGUAACUCUGUGAUUGACCCUCUGAUCUAUGCCUUCCGCAGCCAGGAGAUGAGGAAGACCUUCAAAGAGAUUAUUUGUUGCUAUGGACUAAGAAUGACCUGUGGGUUCCCUAUCAAGUAUUAAAAACAUAAUGUUUAUUCUACUUGUUUUUCUCUCUCAUUUCCUUUUUGGACAAAGACAUGUGUACUGCAGAGGGGUGGUUAGUUUUGUAGGCAGGCAAACUGCAAAUCCAGCCAUAUAUUAACUUUUCAUGUUUUCUUCCAAAAUCAGAUGCAUGUAUGAGUUUUUCCCUCUGCGUUGUUUGGAAUGCUAAUUUACCCUCAAUUAUCCAUCUGUGGCUAAUCCAUUUAAGAUGUUACUUCAAAUUUCCAAAUUCCAGGCUGACUCCUUCCUUCCCUUCUUCCCCUCCUCCAUCUAAUGUCAUUUUCCCAGAUCCCUGUUGGUGUUGCUUGCUUGGAGAAUGCAAACUAAGUUUAGCAUUGUCCUGAGCAAAACAGAAUCAAGGAACUAAAUCGUCUUCCUUGCAAAAUAAAGAAAUAAAUCAUGCAAUAUGUUCUCAACCCAAAUCCAAAUGAUUAUAGGGAGAGUGUCUGUUUGUAAACCAAUAGGCUAAUGCUCCCCUCUCAAUUAGUGUAGAUAAUUGAGAGCUGACUACAUUUUAAAAAAGUGAUAUAUUUCUCCCCCAGAAACAAUUUUAUGACUGCUUGAUGCUCGUUUGAGUUAGACAUACUUUCUAAGAGAGAUAAGAGAGUACUCCUGCUCCAACUUUGCCUUGUUUUAUUGUCAUUGUUGAAACACCUCAUUUCUUUCCUCCCCAUCCCCAGUUUUGUGGUUUUUGGGUGUGUAUUCAUUAAGUGCCUGCCAGUGACAUUUUCUUGUUUCUAACAAAAAAAAUAUGUUGUACUACUUCUUAUAACUUGACUUCUGUGGAUCUCAUUUUUGUUGCCUGACUCCUGUUGAAUUCAAGGUUUCAGAUUGACUUCUUGGGGUAACAUUUCCUGGGCCUGCACCAGAAAUCAGCAUCUGUAAGCCCCACAAAUUUUGCUGUGGCCCAAAUUUAAGGUCAAGAUGUGCCACUAAUUGACCAUUGACUCUUGAAAAUCUUCUAAUUCAUGGAUGGUAGUUCUUGAAUAGUGUGGGAUUGAAGAACUCAAACUCACUGGAGAGAGUGUGGUACAAGGGGAAAAACACUGAAUUUGAAGUGAGAGGACUUGGGUUUGAAUCUUAGAUCUGCCACUGUCUACCUGUGAGAUCUUCAGGAAGUCGUUUAACCUUUCUGAGCCUCACUUUCCUCACUUGUAAAAUUGGGGAAUUGGAAUCGCUGUGCUUCCUUCUAGCUGUGUCUGAUUACUAGAAUAUCAGUAUUAGGAAGUUAGAGGUGGUCUCUAGAGCCUUACAUACCAAGAAAAUCAUUCUGCCUUUUAGGGAAUUGUCUUGUUGACUAAAUAAGUCAUUUAUUUCUAAGCUAACCACCCAUUCACAUGAAUGAAAAGCAAAUAACCUUUUGUAUUGCUCCAGAAAAUCUUGAUAUGCUGAUUUUAUUUGUUGCAUAAUAGUCACUCCAGACUAGCUUUUGUUAUUGGUCCAGCAGAUUUGGAUGCUGCAGAUGGUGGGUGGGCAGUAGAGUUAUAGUUUCACAGUAUUUCCUUUGAGUGUCCAGCUACCAUAUGGUUAAAGCUUUCCUCCAUGGUGCUUCCUGAUUUGCCAUAAGAUCAGAACUUUUUAUUUUCAGUCCCUUAUAGAAAUGCUCAAAAUGUAUUUUAGUAUAUAACUAUGUAAAUAACCCAGAAACUGCUCAAGACCUUGGACCUUCAGCUGGAAGGACUGGAUCUAUCCUGAGCAGCAAUGUGAAUAACUGUAAAUGAGUAAAUAAGAAACCAACCAAACCAAAAUAUAUCCAUUUUAUGUAUUUGAUGGCCUUGUGGAUGAGUAAUUUAUGUUUCCUUGGGGCUUUACUCAGUGUAAAAAUAAGGUAAUGGUAAAUAAAAUAGAAGAACUGGAAAAACCAUUUGUAGUUGUCAAUUGAAUGUUUUUGAUUUAAGGUUUAUUUGGUUUUACUGAGAAUUUCUUAGCACCAAUGGCAACUGAGAUGGUACAUUAAAUGUUAAAUUACGUUGUAGUACCUCUGUCAACAUGCAUUAUUGUAAGAGACACUAUUUCUCCAUUCAAAAUAACAUUAAUUUAUAGAAAUAAA